CACAGAGCUCAGGGCAGCAUGGUAAACAUUCACCCAGAGUACAAAAGUCACUUAGCUGUAUUGAGAAUAUAAUCCCUGCACAGAAGCAGCAGCAGCGGGGUUGAACACUGCAUUGUGGGAGCUGGGCUGGAGCUCUGCAGGUUGUUUUCAGGCUGACUGGGACAGUGUACAGCUUCACACAGCACAAUAAUGGCCCGGGAGGAGAGCGGAGACCUCACGGUCUCUCAGGGCACGCGCAUGCUGUUUUAUCUGAUGACGCCGAACGAGACGUCGUUUUCAGACGUGGACGGGGUGCCCCGCUAUGUUCAGAAGGCGACUCCUUUCUUCGUUGGACUGGUCUUGCUGGAGGUGUUUGUGGCCUGGUUGAAGACUGGUGACCUGCUGAUUAAAAUCAAUGAUGGGACCACAUCUCUCGCAGCAGGAAUGAUAUCCAGACUGCCUCAUCUCUUUGUCAGGAGUCUGGAAGUGUCCAGCUACAUCUAUGUUUGGAACAACUUCCACAUUUUAGAGCUACCCUGGGAUUCAGCUUGGACGUGGUGGCUGGCGUUUCUUGGUGUGGACUUUGGAUACUACUGGGUUCAUCGAUUUGCCCAUGAGGUAAAUCUUCUGUGGGCUGCUCAUCAAGUUCAUCACAGCUCAGAGUACUACAAUCUGACCACAGCACUGCGACAGUCCGUCACCCAGCAGUGCGCCUCAUGGGUGUUCUAUCUUCCAAUGGCCUUGAUAGUUCCACCGUCAGUCUUUGCUGUUCACAUUCAGUUUAACUUGCUCUACCAGUUCUGGAUCCACACAGAGGUUGUCAGAGAUCUCGGUCCUCUUGAGUGGAUCCUAAAUACGCCCAGCCACCAUAGAGUUCAUCAUGGACGAAACCUGUACUGUAUUGAUAGGAAUUAUGGAGGCACUCUCAUUAUUUGGGACCGGCUAUUUGGAACUUUUACUCCAGAAGGUGAUAAAGUUGUGUAUGGACUUACACACCCUAUUAACACUUUUGACAUCAUGUCUGUUCAGUUUCAUUACUACCCGUACCUGUGGGAGCAGUGGCACAAAGCUGAGGGUAUAGGAAACAAGUUGUCAAUCAUCUUUAAAGGACCGAGCUGGGCUCCGGGGAAGCCUAGACUGGGGGAUCAUGCAGAGGUGCCAGUGGUGACAGGAGAUGAACUGCCACACAAUCCAAGAUGGGCGCCUGCACUGCAGCUCUAUGUGCACAUACAGUUCCUGCUCGUGCUCGGCGUUUACAAUGACUUGUUUGCAACGCAGCAUAUGCUGUCUCAGAUGACUGUGCUGCUGCUGACCGGCUACAUAUUACUCACACUCACUUCCCUGGGUUACAUCAUAGACCAAAGUCCUAAUGCUGCUGUGUGGGAAAUGCUGCGCUGUCUGAUCAUGAUGGCCCUCUACAGGUUUGGCUGGAUCAGUCCUCUGAUGUCUCAACUGGCUUUUGCCACCGAGGUUUUUGUGUCUCUCUCUGCACUCUACUGGGGCUUACAGUGCUUCACCCAGACUGGCAAGGAGAAGAUCCACUGAUUAAAAGCUUAACGGACCAACAGAAAUCACUGACACAAAGCUGUAUUAUGCAAUAUUCUAACUAUGCAGUUGUUAAUUAGAGAUAAAUAUAUUGGCAUUUGUAGAAGCUUUUAUCCAGAGUGACUUAUUUGAAAGUCAUGUAAUUGUUUUCUGUAUUUAGUACCUUAAGUAGCAAGAUUUAUGUUGGAGGUGCUUUUGUUUACUGUGUAUUUUGAUCAGAACAAUACUAGGGCUGGCCCGAAUAGCGUUUUU